GCGCGAAAGAUACAACGGGCAAAAAUGACAGCACGCAUGCGGCCGUCCAUGACAGCGGACCGCCUGGAGGUCAUCCUGCACGACGCAUGCGAUGCCAUGGGGCAGGCGAAGCUCCUCGCUCCGAGACGUGGCUCGCGUACAUCCUCGAGGCCAUGGCCACGCCCUCCGACGAGCACGAAGCCCUCGCCGGGCGCUAUGGCGUGCCCGCCGAUGUGGCCAAGACCGCGCACGAAAUCCUUGAGGCGCGCAAGCCCGACGUUCAUCGGUACCUCGUGAGUCAAGCGAUUGCAUUGACGCCGACGCACCUUGUGAGCUUCGACUACUCGGUCCGGCUUGUCAUGACAAGCAGCACGCUCCACGGUGUGUUCUACCCCGUUCUCGUGCUUCUGCUGUUGCUCCAAGAUGCCAACGGUGCCCAGCGGGAGGUGCGCUAUGAGAUGACGACGGACCAAGUCGACGAUCUGCUCAAUGAAUUUGACGCAAUCGAAAAGACGCUCUCGGCCGUCGCGCCGCAAGACGUAGUCUAGUCGUUCCAUGCAACCAAGAACACGACGAGCUUGCGACAAAUGUAUCAAGUUUCCGUA